AAAAAAUGCUUGUCAUAAUCGCAAAAGCGAUUCUAUCUAUUUAUUUGUUGUUUUUUAUUUAUUAUUAAUAAAAGUACAAUCAGUUUCAAUUAAAAAUGAGUUCGGACGAUUCCGAUGAUGAACCGCUGUCUAUAUUAGCCGCGACAAAAAAGCUAAAUACAGAGAAGUUCGAGAUAAAAAAGGUGAAAUCUAUCGAUGAAGAUGGAGACUCGAAAAAGAAGAAUCUAUCCGGUUAUAAAAAUCUCUCUCUUACAAUCAAAUUUGGUCAAAACGAGAACAAGGUAUUAGAACGGCCUGCGGAUGUUUGGUUGUAUAUGAAAGAUUUAAACCCUUCUGGGCCCUAUAGUUGCCUUCUGUGUCCUGGAUGGUUCAUAAACAGGACUAAAAUAAUGGUUCAUUACAUCACAAAUCAUAAAAAAGAGUUCUGUGGUAUAUGCAGAUAUUUUGUUGAAGAUAAAGAGACAUAUGUAAAACAUAUGGAAUUUCAUGCACCCUGGUCAUGUUCUCAAUGUACUGAAUGUUAUGAGACAGAACCAGAAAUGCGGCAUCACUUGAGUGCUGCACACAAUCUAGUCCACUGUCGUCUUUGCCAUUUUAGACUGUCUGAUGAUGACCAAUACGAUAACCACUUGUUUCAAAAACACAAUGUCACAAAUAUAUCCAGCAAAAGUGAAGACAUCCUAUGGGACCAUGAGUAUGAUGGCAGUCCUAAGUUUCUCUGCGUUUUGUGUUCCAAACCAAAUAACUUGUCAAUAAAUUUCUUCAAUCACUACAUGGGCUAUCAUCGUUUUACAAUGAAAUGUUUUGCAAGCAUUAUUUCAGGUCAGGACAUACCGUUCACGGUGGAUGGUGCUGAUGUAAGCUCUCAGUUUGUAGAUGGUGAACUCAAUCAAAUGAGAUAUGGCUAUACAGACUUGGAAAAGAAAAGUCAGGAAAACUGUGAGACUGACAGCAUUGAUGCAAAUAACAUAAUGAAUGUUCUCAUACCAGAAAUCAAGCAAGAAGUUGUUAGUGAAAAUGAUGAACCAAACGAACCAAAAGAACAAGAUGAGCCUGAAUCUAAGGAGAAGGAUUUAUCAGAAACUUAUCUAGGAGACGAAGACUUUGAUGUAACAUCUGUGGAGCUGAUUGUGUUACAAAAAUGCUUCUUUGACUAUAUUGAGCAAAUUAUCAAUCAAAUCAAUGCUAAAGUACUCCCAGAAGAAUCGACAAUUGACUAUGAAAGUGCCAAAACUGAUGUGACAAUGAAAAUUGACUGUUCCCUUUGCAAAACAAAUAUUGACUCAGUACAAGACUAUACUGUUCAUAUGAAGAGAAUGCAUUCAGUUAAGGCAGAACCUAUAUAUAACUGUAGGUUAUGUGCAACUACAUUUAGUAGUUUAAAUGAGCUUGAAACUCAUGCAUCUGAGGAACUGAAAGAAUUUGACGAUUUAUGGCUGUGUCAGUUUUGUGAAAAAGAGUUUGAUAAUAGAGAAUCAACAAGGCGUCAUUUGAAUGAGCACUGGGAUAUUUUGGAAUAUGAUAACUGUUUUAGUCCUCAUCUGGGAUUUAAAUGUAAAUAUUGCCCAACAUUGUUUUGGAAUGAAACAGAUAGGAAGACCCAUCAAAUCAGAGUUCAUUUUAAUAAACAUAAAGAGGAUUGUUACAAAUGUGAAAGCUGUUCUGAGAUAUUUAGUGAUAAGGUUUGGUUUAUACACCACUACAUAGAGAAGCAUCAAGAAGAACAUGACAACAUUUACUACCUGUUCAAGUGUUGUCUGUGUAGUAUAGUCAUACCAACAGUUGAAGAUAUGAGGAUACAUUUUGCAGCAGAUCAUCCUGAUGCUAGAAAAAUAUUUUGUUCCUUAGGAUCUUGCCGUUACAAACCUCUGAGUCACAGAAAGUCAUUUAAAAUUCAUGUUAAGUCAGUCCACAGCCCAGAAGCAAUGCAGCAGGAACACAGCAGUACGUGCGUGAUAUGCGGACGGGAUUUCGCCACAGCUCGCGCGUGUGCUACGCAUAUGACACAGGUUCAUGGCCCCGGCAAGUUCAAGUGUAAACUGUGUCGAGAAGUCAUGUAUACGAGUGACGAGAGGAAACUUCACUACUUGAUCCGACAUCCGGGUCGGCACCCGUUCUCUUGCAACGAGUGCGGCAAAUCAUUCCAGCACAAAUCUUCUUUGUACAUGCACAAGCAAGAACACAGGCCUAACCAGCAGUCCUAUACUUGUAACUACUGCGGGAAAACUUUUAUGAAGAAGGACUCGUUCCGGGAGCACGUUCAGAUUCACGAGGGACCGCGUCACGCGUGCUCGUAUUGUCCCAAACGUUUCGUGCAACGGUCGAACAUGUUGCGACACGAACGAAGGCAUACAGGCGAGCGGCCAUACGGAUGCCCUCACUGUCCACGCACGUUCUCCGAUAAGGGAGCUUGUACUGCACAUUCCAGGACACACACAAAAGACAAAUCGUACGCUUGUCUCUACUGUGGGCAGACAUUUGUCCAGAAAUCUAAGCUGACUUAUCACAUCCGGAAACACACAGGAGAGAACUUAGAGACGUGUUCAGUGUGCUCGAAGCUGUUCACGAGUGCGUGUUCCCUGCGUGAACACAUGAAGACUCACGUCGUGAAGAAGGACACGGUCCCUUGUCCACUAUGCGGGCGCAAGUACCAAGACGAGCGCUACAUGAUGCGGCACUUACGAACCGUUCAUACUGGCGCGCGGUACAGCUGCCCUUUGUGCCGCAAGACACUAACAUCUGCCGCGGGGCUGCGGCACCAUGUGAUAACGCAUAGCGACCUCAACAUGUUCCGGUGCAAACUCUGUCCGAAAUCGUACGCCGUAAAACGGACUUUAGUAAAACACUUGCGCAGACGUCACUACUUGAAGGGCGUGGAUGCGGUGUUAAAAGACUUCUUCCAAACCUUAGAUCCAAGAGAGUGCAACUUGGGUCUCGACGAUGACGUAAUGAACGACAUAUUCGGCCCGCCUAAGCGAAAAUCUAACGAUGUAUUACUAGCAAACUUCGUUACUUUGAAGAAACUCGCAGAAAAUGCUAAAAAUAACGAAACGGCAGAAGGUGAAGGUGAACCUUUAGGUGAUGAAGGCGAUGAAACUGAUGACGGUGAGGUCAAAGGUGACGAGUCUGACGAAGACAGAGGUGAAGAUAUGACUGACAUGACACUGGAGUUGGAACCCACCGAUUUUGUCAGCGUCAAAAUUGAACCUAUGGACGCAGAAGAGGAUGAAGUCGAUUGAAAUUUAAAUUAUUGUGAGUACCAAAAUUAAAUAUAGUUUUUUUUUAAACAGAUGAGAUGCCUGUGUCCUACUCUUCCUAACCAGUCUGAAACCACUAUGGAUCACAGAAUAGAUAUAUUAUAAUUAUCCAAGAACAAUAGCAGAGCCGUCUUUUAUUGAAAUAUUAUAGUCUGUGAAAACUGUGCGUCUUUGCAUUUCAUAGAUCUAAAGUUCUGAUUCAAUUGAAAGUUCUGUAUCGAACCUCAGUAAUGAUAUCUAUACCAUUACAAACCUUUAAAUUUUUUGAACUAACGAUAUCAAAAACACUUUACGACGCGUGUCGUUUUAUUUUAUAAUAAGUGGAAGCCAAAGAGUAAUUGCUAUUCAGCCAACAACAAAAGGUUAAGCACCCAUAAAAUUUGUUGUUGAUAUUCAUCAAUUCGAAAAUUCGGAAUAAAGAAAAUAAAUAUGGCUCCCAGUCGGUCCUAUUCUUAGUUGAAUCGCGCGAAAAUGUGCUUAUCAGGGCAGUCCAAUUGGUAUCCAUAUUGGACUGAUUGAGUAGAACAUUAUUAUUUCACUUUUUAAAAUGUUGCCUUAGCACCGGCUUGAAAUUUUCUAAUUAAUCCUUUCUAUACAUUCCUGAUGUGUUCGGCAUUUUUUUUAUCACUUUAUUAGGGUAAACAAACAAUGAAACAAUCUUGUUACAUUAUAAUUUACUAAUUGCAUCAUCCACUAUAUUUACCACAGUUACCACAUUUAUAAGUUAUGGUGGAAUAAGGAUUCCAUAUAUUGUUUGUAUGUGCGUUACCUUGUCAUUACAUUAACCUUGAAGACAUUACACUCCUUUUUUGGCAGUCGUGUAAAAAAAAAAUACUGAAAAAAUAUAUUUUAUUAUAAAGUUAGAACCUUACCUUAAUACCACAUAAAAGUAAAUCAUGUGAUCAACACGAGUUUAAGAAAAAAUGUGUUACAAAAUUUGCCUAUGAUAAACAUGGUUUAGAACAGUGUCUAAUUUGUUUGUAGUAAGAAUGCUUAAGUUUACAACUCAUCUUCUAUAUAAUUUGGACCACAAUCAAUAACAUUAGUUUGUUAUGUAAAUUGCAUUUAUGUGUGUGUCGGUCUUCUUCUUUACGGUAUUCUUUAAGCGUCCACUCCAUCUUUAAAAAUGAGUAAAAUUCUAAAAAGUUUACAUUUUUAUUUUCAUGAACAAUUCGAAAUUCGAAUUCAAUAAACUUUUUUGUGGCCAGCAUUCUAAAAGAAAAGUUUUUACUGUGUGACAAUAUAUAUGACCUGACCGUGUAAUGUAUAUACUUCAAUUAUUAAAUGUAUGACGAUUUAUUCCUUACUCAUAAAAAUUUUUACUAAUUAGACGCUUUUAAUUAUUAUAAUAAAAUUUUGACCUGUGAAAACGCCGGAUUGAUAUUUUUGUGUUAUUGUGAUAAAAAUAAAUUGAGCACAUUUGAACUUUUGUAAUAAUUGAAUGUACUGAGAAUCUUUUCGAUUCCUGUUCCUGUGUAAAUAGUCUGAAGUAAUUUUAAGUAUAUAAAUAUUGUUCUAUUCAAAAAAUUAUGACAUUAAACUGUGGCGUGUCAAAAGGUACCUUUAGUCAUACUUUGAUUAUCUUUUCCCAACCAUUUUUUUCUUUUAAUAAAGGCUUGCUAUUAAUUCUAAUAUUAUCUUUAUAUUUUUUAGUCGAAUUAAUUUUAAGCUUUAAUAUCGUUGUAAGUUAUUAUAAAAAAGAAAAUCUCAAUAAAUUAAGUCGCUGUAGUAGGUAAGGUGUCCGUGAAAUAUCCUAGAAAUAUAUUCAAAUUACUCAGAU